UGAUCCGGCGGAUCCUCCUGGGGAGGCCGGGCCGGGGAGAGGGCGCGGGCGCCGAGCGGCGGGGGCACCGGGCGGGCGCGGCGACCGGGGCCGGGGCGGGGAUCCGGGCAGCGACAGAGGCGGCGGCAGCGCCCCGGGCCCGCCGCCCCCUCCCCUCCGGCGAGGGGAGCCGCUGCAUGGGGCCGGGGGGACGGCCCUGCUGCGCGGAGCGGCGGCGACGGCGGCGGACCCCCCAGGCGGGCUGGGGCUGAGCCCGGGGCCGGGGCAGGGGCUCCGGGGGGACCAUGCCCGGAGGCCGGCCGGCCGCAGCAUGGCUCACGGGCCCGGCGCGCUGAUGCUCAAGUGCGUGGUGGUCGGCGACGGGGCGGUGGGCAAGACGUGCCUACUCAUGAGCUAUGCCAACGACGCCUUCCCGGAGGAGUACGUGCCCACCGUCUUCGACCACUACGCAGUCAGCGUCACCGUGGGGGGCAAGCAGUACCUCCUGGGACUCUAUGACACGGCCGGACAGGAAGACUAUGACCGUCUGAGGCCUUUAUCUUACCCAAUGACCGAUGUCUUCCUUAUAUGCUUCUCUGUGGUCAAUCCAGCCUCAUUUCAAAAUGUCAAAGAGGAGUGGGUACCAGAACUUAAGGAAUAUGCACCAAAUGUACCCUUUUUAUUAAUAGGAACUCAGAUUGAUCUCCGAGAUGACCCCAAAACUUUAGCAAGACUGAAUGAUAUGAAAGAAAAACCUAUAUGUGUGGAGCAAGGACAGAAACUAGCAAAAGAGAUAGGAGCAUGCUGCUAUGUGGAAUGCUCAGCUUUAACCCAGAAGGGAUUGAAGACUGUUUUUGAUGAGGCUAUCAUAGCCAUUUUAACUCCAAAGAAACACACAGUAAAAAAAAGAAUAGGAUCAAGAUGUAUAAACUGUUGUUUGAUUACGUGAGAAACAUCUUCAGUGGCCAAGGAAACUGUCCAUUUCUCUCAGAAAGCAUAGGAAAUGCUACAGCUAUACCCAGACCUCUUAUAGAUAAUGAAGCAGUUUAAAACUUGAAAGAAAAAAAACAAACCUGUCCUCAGAAUUCCGUAAAGUUCAUUAAGAAUGUUUCUUAAAGGUCUAAGAAGCAGUAAACAGCAUCUGAAGCCACAAUCUAUUAUAAAUACUUUAUUUCAACUAGAAGGUACAAUCUCUCAGGGGUUUCAUAGUUUAAAAAGCUACAAUCACAUCAUGUAACUACAUAAAAAACAGUGCUGUAAAUGGAGCUGCUUGCCUUUGACCACAUACAUUUCUGCACAGCCCAUAUGGAAUCUGCACAAAGAAAUAUCUUCUCCCUUUGCUCCAAUUAAUUGUUCUUGUACGUAAGUUGCUUUCUAUUCCAGUAUAUCCAGAGUGGUGAAGUAACAAGGCCAGCCACAUAGCCAAAGGUCGCUCCAAGCGUACAGGAGAUGGGCCAUACCUGAGGAGAGAAUGUAUGAGAUCAAGAAAGAACAAAUGUUUUAUUAUUACUUGAGCACAAGUGUAACCUAAAUAUUUCUAUAUUAAAGCUUAAUGUGCUUUCUUAAAGAAUGCCAAAAGUGUAAUAAGGUCAUAACUGCAUUUAUCAUGAACACUAAAAAAUGUACACAUUUUGGUUAAUGUGCAUUAAACUGUAACAAGGCUUCUGGCAAUUGUAGAUUUAGUUUGAUGCUCCCCAAUCUGCAUGAGAUACAUGCUAAAAUUACAAAUUAAAAUUUUGGGUCAGAUUUUGCCAUAAUCCUGGGUUCAAUUUAGCUCUCUGAAUUAGCUGGUAUUUUUUUUUUUUUAAUUCCCACAUGGCUGUGUAUUAUCAAAUGAAAUUAGAAAUGUGUAUGCUGAUCAAACCACAAGAAACUUUCUUAAAUUGUGUUAAAGAGAAAAGACCUAGAAUCCAAGCAUGUUACGUGGAAUGUAUAACAGAGCAGCUGCUUCCACUUUUCAGAUAUAGAUGUUGGAACCAUAGCAGAAGUUCUAGAACUACAACUUAUGUACACACCUAGAGUGUAACUUAAACAAAAUAUUGGCUUCGGAUGGCAAUUUUCUCCAGCCAUAUUACAUUUCAAAAUUGUACAUCAAGCAAGAAGUAAUGUUGAUUUAUUUUAUUCACAAGCAGUGCGUGUUGGUCCCUAGCUUUAAGGCUCAGCUUAAAAAAAAAAAUAGUUGGAGACAAAUUUUCACAUUCAUCUGUGAAGCUUAUCUGGUAUACUGGAGCCAUUUCUAAUCUUCUCUGGGGGGAAUAGGCCAAAGAACUGUGUUAGAGGUGAACCAUCUUACUUACUAGUUCUAUUACCUAAUUCAGCUUCUUUGUUUGGUCUGGUGUGGAUUUGCCAUAUUCCAAAUGCCAUGCAACAGACAAUAGUGUUAGAGCUUCCGUAUGAACAACCUAACACAGUUUAGAGAAACAUAAUCUAAUCCAUAAUUUUUUUUCUAGUCUUUCCUAUGUUUAAACUUGCUGUUUCCUAAAUUAUGAUUUCUUUAUAUCUUUGGUGGGCUUCUUCUGUUAAUUUCCAUGACUUGAGCUUAUAGCUAUGUCUACUGCACAGACUGGGUAAUGGAACACUAAACUUUUAUACUUGAAAAUGACAGCCUUAAAUGCUCAUAUCAGUCACAAAUCUAGGAUGUACUGUCUUGUUGUAUGUAAGCUUUGUAGAGAUUUUUAGAAAAUAUAAGCAUCAUCUUCCCCAUUGAAGAGUGGAGAGAGUCUAGUGGAUAACUAACUAUUCAGAAGUUUUCUCUCUGAAUUGGACACUGGAUGUCUUUAUCCCAAGAAAUGGUGGUUCACAUUAAGUAUCAUGGCCUUAUGUAUGCUCAAAUAGAAUCUUAUGUAACUUGUUUAAUUUUGGUCUGUUAUUUUUAGGUAGAAUUGAAAAGAAUUGUAUAAAUCAAUUAAAAUAUGCGCUAAAUUGUCCAACACAUGGUAAAAAAGGAAUUAAGACAGUAAAGUAUUAUACAUUUCCAACUUGC